AGAGCGUUUGAAGGAGGAGGCGGCACCAUUUACGACGGAGGAGGCGGCACCAUUUACGACGGCUGGAAGAAGAAGAGAAAACAAAAUACAGUGAGAAAAACCUAAAGAAACAAAUAAGACAAGGAGGGAAGAAAUUAAAGAGAAAAAAAAAAAGAGAAAGAGAGGCAACGACGAGAUUAACUAGCUAGGUUCUUCUUCUCCUCCUCCACUCCGAGCUUCGAUCUUCAUCCAGCGCUGGAGGCAUCCCUUUCUCCUGUAGUAGCACAAAUUAUAAACAGUGGUCAAGCUAUGACGGAGCCGGAGGAAGAAACUAUUGGGCCAGGCCCCGCCCCGCGCUCCCGUCUGAAGCGCCCACUCCAGUUCGAGCAGGCUUAUCUCGACGCCCUUCCGUCUGCUAACAUGUAUGAGAAAAGCUACAUGCACCGAGAUGUGGUUACUCAUGUUGCUGUCUCAGCAGCUGAUUUUUUCAUAACAGGGAGUAUUGAUGGGCACUUGAAGUUUUGGAAGAAAAAAGCUCUUGGUAUCGAGUUCGCUAAACACUUCAGGUCCCACCUUGGACCCAUUGAAGGGCUUUCUGUUAGUGCUGAUGGUUUGCUUUGCUGCACAAUCUCAAAUGAUCGUUCUGUAAAAGUAUAUGACGUCGUUAACUAUGAUAUGAUGGUUAUGAUUCGCCUCCCAUAUGAGGCCGGUUCUAUUGAGUGGGUUUACAAACAGGGGGAUGUUAAAGCUAAGCUUGCCAUUAGUGAUCGUAAUUCCUCACUUGUUUACAUAUAUGAUGCACGAGCAGGCACUAAUGAGCCUAUUAUCUCCAGAGAGAUACACUCAGGUCCUGUAAAAGUCAUGAGAUACAAUCAAAGUUUUGAUACAAUGAUAUCUGCUGAUGACAUGGGAAUAAUUGAAUAUUGGAGCGCUACCACACUUCAAUUUCCAGAGGAUGAGGUAAAUUUCAGACUGAAAAGUGAUACUAAUCUAUUUGAAAUAGUGAAGUGCAAAACAACUGUUUCUUCAAUUGAGGUCAGUCCAGACGGCAAACAAUUUUCCAUUACUUCACCUGAUCGAAGAAUACGUAUCUUUUGGUUUAGAACAGGUAAACUACGUCGAGUUUAUGAUGAAUCUCUUGAGGUUGCACAAGAUCUCCAAAGAAGUGAUGCUCCCCUUUACCGGCUGGAGGCUAUUGAUUUUGGGCGAAGGAUGGCUGUGGAGAAAGAAUUUGAGAAAACAGAAAAUACACCUCAGCCAAAUGCUAUCUUUGAUGAAAGCUCUAACUUCAUCAUAUAUGCAACCCUGCUAGGAAUAAAGAUGGUGAAUCUACAGACAAACAAAGUGAAUAGGAUUCUUGGAAAGGUGGAGAAUAAUGAUCGCUUCUUAAGAAUUGCGCUCUAUCAAGGCGAUCGUAGCAGUAAAAAGGUGAGAAAAAUUCCUGCUGCAGCAGCGAAUGUCAACGAGGCAAAAGAUCCAUUGGUGGAUCCCACCCUUUUAUGUUGUGCUUUCAAGAAACACAGGAUUUAUCUUUUCAGCCGGAGAGAGCCAGAGGAAGCAGAUGAUGCAAGCAAGGGUAGGGAUGUCUUCAAUGAAAAGCCUCCUGCUGAUGAACUUUUGUCUGCAUCAGAUAUUGGAAAGGCAUCAACCACAUCUCUUCCAGACACAGUGAUUAUGCAUACCACGAUGGGUGACAUUCAUAUGAAGCUUUACCCGGAAGAAUGCCCGAAAACAGUGGAAAAUUUCACCACUCACUGCAGAAAUGGGUAUUAUGAUAAUCUUAUUUUCCAUAGGGUCAUCAAGGGAUUUAUGGUACAAACAGGCGAUCCCUUGGGAGAUGGAACAGGUGGGCAAUCUAUUUGGGGAAGGGAGUUUGAGGACGAAUUCCAUAAGAGCUUAAGGCACGACAGACCCUUUACACUUUCAAUGGCGAAUGCGGGUGCUAACUCAAAUGGGUCACAGUUUUUCAUCACAACAGUAGCAACCCCAUGGCUGGAUAAUAAACAUACAGUCUUUGGUAGAGUUCUCAAAGGAAUGGAUGUUGUACAGGCCAUUGAGAAAGUGAAGACAGACAGAAGUGACACACCAUACCAAGACAUAAAAAUUCUUAAUGUGACGGUUCCCAAAUUGUAACAUUCUUGACACAACGUGUGCAAUCUACCAUCUAUAUGAAGUAAUUCAUGGUACUAGCUAGGUUUCUUCAAGGCUUUUGAGUAUUGUUGUGAGUGAAGUCACUGAAGUGUUAAAAAUUGAUAUCUAUUUUAACUUUGAGUUCAUGAUUAUUCAUUCUGUUAGAGUAUUUAGUUGGAAUUGCCUCAUUAAUGGAUUAAGCUGAGCUAUAUACGGUUUCUCCCAAAACAUGACUUGUAAUUUUAUUAUUAUUAAAACUUCUUCCAGCCAAC